CGCAUUAUUCUCCUUAACUCUUCAGCAACAAAAUUUUGAAUUUUUAAGCAAGGGAGAAACAAAAACAGAGUGGAUAUGGCUGAUGUAACUCAGGUCAACGGCGGAAGUCAAACGUCGGAUUUCCCUGCCGUUCAGACGUACGGCGGCCAGUUCGUACAGUACAAUAUAUUUGGGAACUUGUUUGAAAUCACGGCCAAGUAUCGUCCUCCGAUCAUGCCAAUUGGUCGUGGCGCAUACGGCAUAGUUUGCUCGGUGCUGAAUUCGGAGACGAAUGAAAUGGUUGCGAUGAAGAAAAUAGCGAACGCGUUUGAUAACCACAUGGAUGCAAAGCGUACGCUUCGUGAGAUUAAGCUUUUACGCCAUUUGGAUCAUGAAAACGUCAUAGCAAUAAGAGAUGUGGUUCCUCCACCCUUGCGGAGAGAAUUCUCCGAUGUAUAUAUUGCCACAGAACUCAUGGAUACUGAUCUUCACCAAAUAAUUCGCUCCAAUCAAGCUUUAUCCGAGGAGCAUUGUCAGUACUUCUUGUAUCAGAUUCUUCGAGGACUUAAGUAUAUACAUUCAGCUAAUGUUAUCCAUCGUGAUCUGAAGCCCAGCAAUCUUUUGCUGAAUGCAAACUGUGACUUGAAAAUUUGUGAUUUUGGUCUUGCUCGCCCAGCAUCAGAGAAUGAGUUUAUGACAGAAUAUGUUGUCACAAGAUGGUACAGAGCUCCAGAGCUAUUGCUGAACUCUUCAGAUUACACUGCCGCAAUAGAUGUUUGGUCUGUGGGUUGUAUUUUUAUGGAGCUUAUGAACAGAAGACCUCUAUUUCCAGGCAGAGAUCAUGUGCAUCAGAUGCGCUUAUUAACUGAGCUUCUCGGCACACCAACGGAGUCUGAUCUGGGAUUUGUCCGAAAUGAGGAUGCUAGAAGAUAUAUCCAGCAACUUCAACAACAUCCUCGUCAGCCAUUAGCCCAAAAUUUUCCACAUGUUCAUCCAUUGGCUAUGGAUCUUGUAGAUAGAAUGUUGACAUUUGAUCCCACAAAAAGAAUAACUGUUGAAGAAGCAUUAGCCCAUCCUUAUCUUGCAAGAUUACAUGACAUAGCAGACGAACCUGUCUGCCCAGAACCAUUUUCCUUCGAUUUUGAGCAACAAUCCUUGGGAGAAGAGCAAAUGAAGGACCUGAUUUAUAAGGAAGCCUUGGCAUCCAAUCCAGAGUAUGCAUAAUGAGAAAGUAACUUUUAUGCUCAGUUUAACUACCUAUAAGUGGUUUGAAACUAUCUGUUUGAUCGCGGAUUAGUGAAAAGAUGACUUUGAACAAGAGAUCAGAACGAGAAGAAAAAGACAUUUCCAACAACAGAAAGUGUUCGUGGAUCCAGUCCAGGGCUGACCAGCUGUUUUAUAUUUCAUUAGGCCAGUCCCCUUGACAGCUCACAUAGCUGCCCUUUACCUUAAUAUGUUACAGAGGUUUCUUUGUUUUUUUCAUUUUUGUUUCUUACACUAUUUAUUCUCUGUUAUUAGUUGUAAUUGAGUUUGUGAUAAUGUGUUGUGGAUUGAAUCAAAUCUAUCAUAAAUAUAAGAAUCAAUUGGAAUUUUUCUUUCUACUAAA